CUGGCAGGCCACUGUAAUUGUAGUUUUAUUUAGUGAGCAAUUUUAUUUUUCCACGUUUCAAUAUAAAAAAUUCUCGCGUUUUUAAUUGAUAUAUUAUCAUAUUUAUAAUUAAUUGCAAUAUUUUAAAGAAAAAAUGAGCAAAGUUUUCAUUGGACAAAUUUUUAAUCCGCAAUCUUUUGAUAAUUUUGAUGAAUUCAUCGAUGGAUUUAUCAUAGUAACUGAUGAUGGAAAGAUAAAAGCAUAUGGAAAUGAUUCGAAAAAAUGGAAGGAAAAUGUUGAUGCAAAUGAACCAGUAGAAAUUAUAAAGCUUAGUAAAACACAAUUUUUAAUGCCAGGUUUUGUAGAUUGUCACAUUCAUGGACCACAAUUCCCGCAAAUCGGCCUUGGACUGGACUUACCGCUAUUGGGUUGGCUAAAUAAAUAUACAUUUCCUUUGGAAUCUAAAUAUAAUGAUGAAGUUUUUGCUGCAAAAGUUUAUGAAAAAGUUGUGAAUACAACAAUACGUAAUGGAACCACAUUUGCAUCCUAUUUUGGUUCGAAUCAUACAAAUGGAACAAUAAUUUUAGCAAAAGAAGCUGUGAAACAAGGUCAAAGAGCAUUAGUUGGAAAAGUAUGUUCAAAUCAAAAUUGUCCUGCAUUUUACAUAGAAAAUACAGAUGAAUCAAUAUCUGAAACUGAAAAAUUUAUCAAACAAAUAACAGAAUUGAAAAAUGAACUUGUCAAACCAAUUAUUACACCACGAUUUGCUGUAAGCUGUUCAAUGGACUUAAUGAAGAGUUUAGCUGAAAUUGCAAAAUCAAAAAAUCUUCAUAUACAAAGCCACAUAUCGGAAAAUUUAGAUGAAAUUAAAUUUGUCAAAGAAUUGUUUGGAGAAAAAACAUAUUCUGAAGUUUAUGAUGAAGCAGGAUUAAUGACAGACAAGACGAUAAUGGCUCAUGCGGUUCAUUUAGAAGACAGUGAAUUAAAUUUAUUUGUUAAGAACAAGACUUCAAUUGCCCAUUGUCCAAGCUCUAACAAUAAUUUAGGCUCUGGUAGAUGUAAUGUUCAAAGACUUCUAUCAAAAGGAAUAAAAGUCGGUCUUGGAACUGAUGUAUCUGGAGGAAACAGCCCUUCUAUUUUAAAUGAAAUUUUGAGAGCAAUGGAAGUAUCUCAUCAUAUUGCUUUUAAUGAUAGCAAACAUAAAGUAAUAAAUUUCAAAAACGCAAUUUAUUUAGCAACUUUAGCUGGUGCAGAAGCUUUAGCUAUGGAUAAUGUUACUGGAAAUUUUAAAGUUGGAAAAGAUUUUGAUGCAUUAUUAAUAGAUAUUGAUAUAUUACCAAUUGUUAACAUUGAAAUACCAAGAGAGGAAACACCAUCUCCUGAAGCAAAUUUCAUUGAAAUGAUUCAAAAAUUCAUUUAUACUGGAGAUGAUCGAAAUAUUAUAAAAGUUUUUGUUAAAGGAAAUAAUAUCAAAAAAUAAAAUAAUUAUUGGUUGUAUUUCACGAA